UACUCGAUUCCUGUAAAGUGAUAAAAAAAAACAAUCUUUGGAUGGUAAUGACCAUAUCAUUACAACUCUGACGCAUGGUUAGAUAGUUUGCUACCAAAUGUGUGCAGUUGCAUUCCAUCGCGACGGUAUAUUUUCUCCAAAUGAUGAGCUAAAUCCAUGCUGAUGGGUGAACCGAACCAUUUAGAGCUAGAAAUGAUGUAGACAGAAAAAAAACAACAAACGUUGUGAUUUUCAUCCGAACUGUCAACAUUCAAUGCGAAAGAAACCUCUGGAAAAUAACCUGUUGGAAUCCAAGGUACGGUUUUUGUUGCGGGGCGGAAAUAGUUAGUAUAAUUUCUUAUAAGAUUUUCCACCCUUUUUAGUGAAAAAAGAAUUUUUGUUGCUUGUGGAAAUCACAUCUUUAUGUCUUUCUUCUUGAUUUCAACUUCAAGAAUAACCAACAUUGUUGUGAGAGAAAAUAUUUAAUUUGUGGGUUGUCGUUUGAAGCUUUCGUAUCUUCUGCAAUCCUGUGUAAGGAAAAAGGAUUCCUGUAACGUAGAUGCCUUGACUACAGCUGCAUUAGCAAGCUGUAGGUGUAAGUGUUGAUGCAGUGGGAAUGUUAUUUAUUUAUUUUGACCACAUUUCUUCCCAUAAUUCGGUGUCACGAUGCUGGCACAAGUUCACAAGGCUGGAUCAGUUCUAUCAGUCUGUUGCAUUUUGCAUUUUAAAAUGAGUUUCAUCCCAUUUGCCUUAUUAUAAGACUAACGUGCAUACAUUAUAUAUCCAUUAAGGUUACCUACACAUAAGGGUACAAAAACAUGAUUUCUGCUUCAGCCAUAGUUGUGGACAAAUUAGCUUAAUGCUUACAUGGUUUCGAAGAUAUGUUUUCUGUAACAUAUUUGUUGAUUCACACAUACACGGUCUGAUUUGGAAUAUGCAUCGACACAAAAUCUUACUGUGUCAAUAAUAAAAAAAAUCCGAAAAAAUAAAGCCUGUAGCUUUAUCUUUUUUCAGCCUAAAAGUCCUUAUUUUUAUUAUACUCCGUUGAUUUCAAUAAAAUCUCAACGCAUUAAAUUGUCCAGUUCGAAAAUGCCGACACAUUGUGCUUUACGCCGGCUGGGUAUCAGUUUCGAAAAACCGAUGCGUGCGUUUAUAAUGGAGUUGACGAGUUGAAUAGUUGUUUUCAUUCGCGACUGUUUUCACGAACCCCAGAUGUACCGAGGCGAAGCAUGCGAGUGAGCGAGAGGGUGCGACAUAGUGCAGCUCUAUUCCACGCUGUGUGCCUGAGCAUCAAUCGGUGUAAGGCCUGUCUGCAUCGACGCAUUCGAAUUUUAACCUCCGUGGCAUCGAGAUCGGUCAGGACGGAGUGAGCAGCUUGGGCAACGUCGUGCAAGAGAGCCAAGAGUGGAGAGAAAGGCAGGAGAGCGAGAGAGAGAGAGAUAGAGAAAAGGAGUAGCAGACUGAACGAGUGUGAAGAGGAAGAAAACGUUUGCCAUCUGCCCAAAAAAGUAAAGAAGUAAGCGAGUCGUGUGUCGAAAAAUCCGUGAUUCGAAAGUUGAACGUGCUCUUAUUCAACCAAACUGGCCCCCACCCAGCAGCAAACGCAGCGCUUUGUGUCCCAUUUUGAUCUUUUUGUAUCCUCGAGGUUACCACACGAGACAACGACCGUGUGUUUUUGUGUGCGUACUUAAAGGUGCAUUUGUGCAGUAAGCAGUUAUUGCGUUAAUUGUCGCUCUUCUAUAUGUGAUCUACACUACCAUACCACAACCACCAACAAACGGCCAGGCUAUAAGAUAUACCCAUUCGUGUGAAACAAAGCAACCGCUGCUGAGUCCAAGUUCCAAUCGACGAGAGAAGAAAAAAGAAACCUUGUGAUUUUUUCCCUAAGCAAAAACGUGUGUUACAAGCAGGCGCAGCAGCAGCAGCUGCUACUCCGUUUGGCAAAUCAACCAAUAGAGAGUGACGACGACCAGCAGCACCAAUACCAUCACACCGCAACAAUUUGCCCUUCUCUAUUUGGGGUACGACCAGUUUGAACGUGUCCGUCUGCUUGCUACACGCGGAGCCAUUAAACCAGGCCGACGAUUAACAAUCUCCGUGUGCGUGUGUGUAAUUGUGUACGAGCUGUUUUUUUUUGCAACCUCACCAGAAAAAAACGGCAUUUCCGUGUUUCGCACAACCACACUGAAAUUAUUACUCACCCAAGAAAAGUGCGUUGUGUAUGUGUGCGAGCAUCUAAUUUCGUGAAAGCGCCAGGCGAGAAGGCAGCAAAUGAGUGCAAAUUAAUGGGCCCAGCCGUCGUCAGCGCCAUCCAUCUAUCGUGAGCUGCUGGCAUAGCAACCAUCUUUGAAGAGCCCCCGACAGCGAGAUAGUGCGUGCGUGUGUGUCUGUGCACCAACGAACGUUUGAGAAGGGUGAAAAGUGUGUUGUAAAGUGCGUGUGCCUGUGUGUGUAUGCGUUUGCACCCCCUUCUGUGACGAAAGCGUGUGUGCGUGUGUGCGUAAAGAGAAGAAGCAGGAAGCUGAAAUUGCAAUCACACGCACACUACUACCGGCUACACAGCGCACCAAUACAUCGCCGUCGCAUCCCUUGGGGUUGAGUGUGUAUACAUACGCGCGCGCGUGUGUGCGUGCUUCUUAUUACGUUGCGUUUUUGGAACCAUCGAUCGAUCAAGGUUUCGAUUUCGGCUGACGGAGGUUGUGCUUUUUUUAAUCCAUACCAAGGAGCUUUUGUGAUAAAUUGUUGUGUUCAGCAACAAUAGCAACAACAAAGGUUCCGUUUUCCCGUGUAUUUGCGUUUUUUUUCCCUGCCCCCCUUGUGGAAGCAGUAACGCGCAAGGCCACAACACAAACGCACAUCGGAUUAUACGAGGAACGGUUUUGGUCGCGCGCGCGUUCGUGUGUUUGUGCGUUCGUACCUACGUACGUGUCGUCCCCGGCCAGCUUUGAAUGUACGCAUCAGCACCUUGCCCGCUCGCGAAAAAGGUGUUAACGAACGCAGCAGCAACGCGCCAGCAGCAAACGAGGAAGAAGCAGUCCCAGUCGAAGGACAUCAGCAGCAGCAUCAUCACGGAGCGUAUCGUGUCCUGCCCCGCCACAACCAUCAGCCAGUGACAUCCCUUUCCUCCCGCAACGCAAACCACCCGACGCCGGUCCGACCAUGAGGAUAGAGGUGAAUUCGGCAGCCGACUUUCUGAUGAACCUUCUGCGAGUACGCAAGGCGAAUCAACUGUCGGAAAGCCAGCUGCAGCAUUUCAAGGGCUCGCUGGAACAGAUCCUGACCCGCCACUUCCAGUGCCACUGGUACCCGGAAGUACCGACGAAAGGGUCCGGCUUUCGGUGUCUCCGCAUCAAUGGCAAGAUGGAUCCGAUCAUCGAGAAGGCGGGCCACGCCGUCGGCCUGAACACGGUCGUGCUGCGAAAGUUGCUACCCCUCGAGCUAACGAUCUGGAUCGAUCCGGACGAGGUGUCGUACCGGAUUGGGGAGAACGGUACGAUCUGCGUGCUGUACGAUACCCAAAGCCGUGCCAGCCCGUCGUCGGAUCUGGAUUCGACCGGCAGCAGCAGCGGCAUUGCGUGCGACGAGUUCAUCAUGGAGCGGGUCGGCCGGCUCGAUCUGUCCGUGUCGUCGGUGGACAGUGGUAAUGGGAGCGCGGGCGCCAUGGUGGUCGACUACCUGGAGCAGCAGCACAACAGCAGCAACGGGAAACCGCAUCAGCAGCACCAUAACAACAAGUACAAUCACAACCAAUCGAACAACAACAGCCACCAUCAUCAUUAUGCGAAGCAGCGCCACAGCAACAGCAUGAGCUCGUCGUCGAGCGGACAGACUAGUCCACCGCUAAGCCCACCGUACGGUGCCGCCGGCUUCCUGAACCAUCAGCAGCAGCAAAAUCUCGCCAGAUACCAGCAGCAGCACGCUGCCCAGCAGCAUCCCCAUGCACCGCAGCAGCACAGCAACAACUUCUAUCAGGCGGCCGCCGCGAACGUACACCAGCCCCAGCAGUACUUCCCCUGGGACAACCAGUUCGUCAAUAACAAAGUGCGCACCCAAUGUUAAGUCGUCGUCGUCCUUCGUCGUCGUCAUGUGAUUCUGACCCUCCCCCCAUCCGGGGGGUGAUCUCCCUCGAUCAGCAGCAGUUAGCAGCAGAUUCAGCCAAACCGAGAUGGUUUAUGCUUUCCCGGUGACAACAACAAAACAAAAGAGUACAAGGAAUAGAGAGAGUGGAGGGUUUGUUUGUGUGUUUUUAAACGAUGGGGCGAAGAAAAAACGGAAGCUUAAUAAGCGCGCGCCUGUGGCGUGGUGGUGAAAGAAGAUCGAACGCGCGCCUAAGCGUGUCGUGUGUCCUGUGAUCCUGCUUUUUCUUCUAAUGCGGAAUGGUGUGUGCGCAAGCGUGCGCAUGUGUAUGUUGUUUUUGUUUGGUUUGUGUGUGUGUGUGUUGAAAAGCAGCAAAAAUAAGAGAGAAGCAAAACAACAAGGAUAGUAGUGUAACAACACCAUUUGUGUACAAAGCAACAAAAUAGUGCGUGCGUGCGUGGCGAUGAUCCUUUGUGUGUGUGUGUGAGCGAGUGUGUGCGCAGAAGUUCCACCCACGAAACACGAGACACACGAGGAAGAAGAAGGUGUCUCUUUUAAUUGCCAUCGAAAAGAAAAAAAAAGUAACGUGUUAAUGUGUGCGAGCGACUGUGUGACGAGUGUGCCCGUGCGUGUGCCCUUGCGUGUCCGUGCGUGCACACGGCUGCUCUCUGCAGCAGAAUGGAGUGCGUGUAUGUGUGAUUAACGACGGGAAAAGAUCCGGAAAAUGGGAAGAGCUAGAGUUCAGAGAGUUCCUACAUGAUAUUCGUUUUUAAGGCAAGAGAAAACAAAUGUUUGUGAAGUGUUGUGAACGACGACGCACCGUGGUGUGGUUGGUGGUGUGGUACCUUAUCGAAUAGUAGUAUCACAGCGCAAUAAGAUGCAAAAGUCACACACAAACACACGAAACCAACAAGUGCAAAACCUACUAGAUCCCCCCCACACUAGUCUACUGUGUGCGAACAGAACGAACGAACGCGAACGAAGGAUGCGUAGUUUGACAGCGGUCAGACGCGCGUCGUGUGGUGCAUCCUUGUUUUGGGUGGAGUACACUGAUGUCUACCACCGCGUCCCAGAGGAAGAAGCACGAGCACAAGGAAGAGGAGGAGACAGCGAGCAACGAGGCGAGCAAAUGGAAACGGAUGAUCUUCAGCAACAACAACAACAACAACAAAAAACCCGCGCGACACCCGCAGUGUGAUUAACCUCCUUUUUUUCUUGCUCCUCCCCAUCACAACAAGACAAGAAGCUGCGCUACUGCUGCGGGUUGAAUUGGAGAGAAAAGCGAUGACACGGUAUAGCCGAUAAGAAUAGGGAAAACGGAAACGACAAAACACACUCGGAAAAACCACCUGUUUUUAUUAGGGGUAGCGCGACGCAUUUCAAUUGUGAUCAAUAUUAAUUUCAAAACAAACACCUACACACACACACACGUCUUUAUUAUAUACCAGUAGUAGGAAAGAAGAGGUACGCAAGAAGGUGGAGGAGGGGGGAGGAGAAACGUUAAAAUGAGUCAACAAUUACAAACUACACCCCCACCCCCUCCCCUCCCACCAACCCGCGAAUGCUGCAAGACGGGCAGCAAAGGUUGCAAACCUCCCCUUUUUCUGCAACUACAAACACUCUGUGGUUGGUGUGUGACAAGUUACAAGCAAAAUGGAAAUGGGAAUGUAAUGUAAAAUGUAAUGAAACGAUUGUAUAUGAUGGAAGCAAAAGUACAAGCAUUGGGAUAAUACGAAGAAGAAAGAAGAAGAAAAAAACGGAAAAAGCGAAAACAAAAACAAAUUGCAAAAGAAAAAGAAACAAAAAACACGGAAAACGAAGUAACGAAACCGCAAACGGCAGAAGAAAGAUAAAGAAAACAACAUCAUCCCCAUACGUACAUCCCCCCUGUGGGCAACAUGAUGCUGCGUGUUGCUCGACUGCAUGUGAAAGAGUGAGGGAGAGAGAGAGAGCUAGCAAAGUAAGCGUUGAAAUUAAGCAAAAGUCAUCUUCAUAUAAAAUGCGAAGCUGCGAAAAGGAAAUUGUGUGAAGGAGGAGCAAGACCAAUGCUCACGCCCUAAGUACGCGAGAGCGAGAAACAGCGAGAGAGAGAGAGAGGGAGAGAGAGAGAGCUUAGUAAGCAUUAGUAUGUAUGUAAAGCCAAACUUCAAAUACUACUUUUUUGAGAUACUUUAUUUUGUUUUUUUGUACUACGACUGUGUACCGGUUAAAAAGAAAAAUAUUUGUAGCUCUUUUUUGUUCGUUUUUACAAAUGUGUUUAAAUUAAACCACUAGCCAGCCACUCACACAGCUAAAAUAUGCUGUGCAGAUCAUUGUAAAGAAAGGGAGCAGCAAAGGGGUUGUGGAGCUGGACCUGGGACGGGGGAGGGAGUGCGGGGUUUCUUCGAUCUCCACCAUCUCCCAACCCCAACCUCUCCCCCCCCCAAAAAAAGGUGCCCAUCCACCCCACUCCCGUGUAAACUCUCACCAACCAGUCCAAACGAUUAAUUUAGUUUUCGAACGGAGACGCGCAAUGAUGUUUGUGAUGUUUUUGUGCGCGUAUGUAUAGAAAAAAAAAAUAACAAACCAGAUGCCAGAUUUCUGUUCUGUAUUACACUUUUAUUGUCCCGGUUGUUGCAUUUUUUCUUCCAUUUGUUUUUCUUCCACUUCCACUUGCCCUGUUUUUUUUGCCCUUUGCCAUAAGGUUUGGUGUGCUUUUUGUUCUGUUAUGUUGCUGCUGCGGAUGCAUUUCCAAUUUCUUACAAUCUCUCGUCAAAAACCAAUCAUCAUUCAACUGGAGACGAUUAUGUUUUCAGUAGACGAUUGUUUUAGCAGAAAUGCAAGACGGGAAUGCACAAUGUGUAACAGAUAGCAAAGGGAGGACAAACAAUUGCACCAGAUCUUGUUGUUGCUCAAGGGUCGAGAAGAUGAAGGUGUGGUGUGGAGGAGAAACGGAAGGAAAGGUGCGUGGAUAAAGUGAUAGCGUGAUAGAGGAGAAGUGGGAAGCUACAUACAUACAUAUUGUGAAGUAUGAGGAUGAUGAUAAUGUGACAUGAUUUUGAUAGCGAGUAAGAGCGAGAAGCGAGUGGAAUCAGUAGCAGCAGCAGUAGCAGGAGGAAGGGGGUUUAGUAACAGUAGUGUUUUUAAUAAGAUCCAUUUCCCUUCCCAACCCCCAUUUGUUUUUGCCACAGCCCACCCGUACCUCCUCCCGCCGCCCCCCCUUUUGUGGUGACCAUCCAUCUCGACCACAGCUGGUAAGACCGACACGCGCCCACUCCUCUGUGUUGAAUUCAGGCGAUAGUUUCCCCAUUUUCGUGGGAACCGAUUGAAAGAGUAAGUGCGUGGCGUGAGUGCGUGUACGCGGGGUGGUUUUUAGUGGGGAUUGGGAAGGAAGGGCAGGGAGCGGGAAGAAGAAAGGCUUGACACCGAGAGAGAGAGAGAGCGAAUGAGGAGGGGUGUAAAGGGUACUUCUCUUCGCUUGGAAAUGGGAAGGAAAGGAAGAAGGGUAGCGUUAGUAGCGUGUGAGACGAGCAGAAGGACGAGAAUCGAUUGUUUAUAAACUAUAUAUAUAUAUACCUAUACAUAUACAUACAAAACACAAUGCUAUAUUUGCUUAUAAUUAUUUUGCUGUAACAAUUUUCGAAUCAAAGAAGAAAAGGUGAAUAACAAUCUACACUUGCAAUUAAAAAAACUUAAAAAUCAGGCUUCUUUUUGUUUUGUUUUCAUUGUUCAUUUCCAUCAUUCGACAUGCCUCCUUCACUUGUGUUUGUACGAGUGUCUUCUUUCGCUUCUCUCUUUGGGGUUUAUUGUUUUUCUUUUGUUUUCCACUGCUGAACACUGCGUUUUGUUCGUCGUUUUGUGUAUCUUCUACUUUGUCGUCGUCGUCUUCGUCACCGUCACCACCUAAGAAUGCUACUACGUCUUUAACCGCUUCCACCGAUCGCUGCCAUUCUCGAGAUGAUCUCUCUUACUCGCCAUCUCGAUUUAAGGGCUCGCCAGACAUACAGGAACGUUAACAAAAAGAUGGGUAAAUAUCGAUUGCGAACUGAUUGUUGGAUGAGAUGAUACACGCAAUUGAUCGCUUGAUGAGAGUCAAAUAUCUAGCCGUGUUUCAAUCGCGGCAUGGCAAUGUUUCUUAAACUAGUGUUUUUAUGUUGAGAUUUGAACGAGAUUUUAUUGUUCCUUUUAAGGUCAUUGAUCAGAAAAUGCAAGUUGUGGUGAAGAGUGAAAUAUUGUUUGGGAUAUACAAAUUCUCUCAUUUUAAAGAAAGAGACCAACUCUAUCAAGUGGUGAGUCAGUUGCGUACGCGAAUUGUUUCUAGUUUCGGCUAGCAUUUUCAGAUACAUCUGUAUAUCUCUGUUGCUCUUUCCCGAAUUGUUUCAAUAUUCAGAAAAGAACAACAGUGUCGUAGCUGAACAUGUUCCACUUCAUCCUCAAUCCAGUCCCUAAAUUGAGUCCAGAAAGAGCUCGAACUUCUAGUUCUAGCUUUCCAUGAAAAACUCCUUCAAUAUGCUUUGAGCCUAAAAUUCUGGAGUGAGUUCGAUUCUCUAAGUUCUAUCUGUAAUCAAGAAAAUGGCUUCCUUACAAAAGAUGAGUAUAGAUGACUCUCCAUUCAGUACAGAACCCAACAGUUGUUCUUGACAGAAAACGCUAGUUUUUGAAAGCCUAUGAUGCGUCCAAUACCACGCCACGAUACAAGAUUCUAUGAUAGCGAUAGAAGAAGCAGAAGUUGUGUUUUUGUGUUAUUUUUUAAGGCAUUCUUCUUCUAUGGAAAAGAAGUAAAGUAUGGAGAAGAGGUUGUUCCAGUUUCACCUAGUCAUGUCGCGUCGUAGGUACAGCUAAUAGGACCUGUUUCUCUGCCAUAAGACACGAGCUGUGGCGUGGCGGUUUAUUUCGAAUGCUUUACUCCUGGGUACGUUUAGUUAGGUUAUACAAACCAAACAAAAAAGGGAGAAAAAAGGGGUUUUAGGAUUUUCAUGUCCAAAAUCAAGUUGUAAUCCAGAAGUGAUCCAGAUCCAGUAGGGAAAGGUUUAUCUGCGCCUAACAAGAAGGGGGAAAACGAUCUCUCGAUUGAAGCAUUUAGAAAUGCACAUCGGUUUUGAAAGCUGGUUAGCUGGAUGGGAAACUGCCAGCUUCGCAACAACAAAAAAACAUGAAAUUUUCACACAACACACAUUUUUCCCCACCAACAACGGGCAGAAGCUAUCGGCGUUGCUUUGGUGCGCAUAUGUGCAUCCGCGAUGAUGAUGCACCGUGCGUUGAGUAUUUUCCAUCCCCACACGCAUUGUGUGCUUUUUUUUCUUUCUUUCGAAGCGCGCACUGUUUUGUACACAGACGCGCGCACAUCGAUGUGAGUCACGUAGAGAGACACCUUCACGACGCACGCACACAACUGUACCGUAACACCUCACGGCCAGCCAGCCAGCCGUGAUGAGCACAACAAAGGAGCCUCGUUGGAGCCGCGAGGCGAGGCGCAACGCCGCAUCGUACGACGGGCUUUUGUUUGCUGUGCGUACUUUUGUUUGUUCGGCCGGAGCCUUGUUCGGCUGGAGGUUGUGCGUUUCCAGCGCGAGACAGCGGGCGCAAGGUUUUUGUGUUGUGCGUGUGUGGAUGUGUGCGUGGUGGGAACACACAACGGCCAUCAUUAUUAAACCUCGCAGCCAUUAAACCAUGCGAAAAGCGAAGGGCUGGUGGCUGCUCACAGCAGCAGCAACGAGCGAGCGAGCGCACACACUCACUCUCUCUCGCGUGCGUGUGCAAACGACGCAAUAAAACACCCCCCUCGUGUCUGGGAUGGGAUGGAUGGGGUGAUUGGGAUGUUGCUACUACUGCUACUUGGAUUUGCCGAAAAAAAACGUGAGAUAGUGUGCAAAACCGGGGUAUAAUAGGUCUACCAAAUAGAUCUAGUCACUCGCCGUUAACGUGAGAAGCGGGGUGGGUUGUUUGCUCGUACUUUGUGUGUAUGGGUGAAACACGCUGUCAAUAGUACAAGACAACCCCCGAGCAACACACGAUGGCCGGCCAUUUUUUGGAUUUUCUUGACUUGAAGAACACUUUUAGGGGAAAUUGAGAAUCCAAGUGAUGGACACAAUUGAUCUGGCAGCCCUUACAAAUGCUGCCAAUUUCCAACACUAAGCUGCUUCAUCAAUAGUUAACAGUGGUUGAAAGUAACUCAUCGUGAUGAUUACUAAUAUCACCAUGAAAACAAUAAUCACGAUGAUUAUGUCCUGGGCCCUUCGCACCGAACAAACAUAACCGCAGUCGUGAAGUUUUCGGGCAUUAUUUUUCGUUCGUGUGCGGUGCUACGUGACCAAACGCAUCUAGCCCCGGACACACGCACACUCCCUCUGGUUAGUCCCGUAUAUACAUAUGGCAACAACAUGAUGAUGUUUCAAAAUGGCUGGCCCUCCCUUCCUUCUAUGCUGUGGUGGCAAGGGUGACGUUUUUCUUUCUACACUGUGUCUGUCUUUAGUGUGGUUUGGUUAAUUUUUUUGGAAAAAGCUUCUCAAGCCAUGUUGUGCCGUGUUGCAAUUUGAUUCACUAACCUUUGGAGUGUAGUGAGGACUCACUUUAACCACCACCCUGGAUUAAUGCUUUCGAAUGCGUCAUUUGGAAGUUUCGUCUCGAGAAGCAGGAUUAAUCUUGAUUGCUUCUGCGAAUACUCGUGCACACGAAAUCAUAGUCAGCUCGACGUCAUCAUCAGUUGCACCGGAAGCAUUUUGCGAUAUAUGCUCAUAACCUUGGAAUUAUAAACCUGCUUAAAACCUUUCGCUGCUGGAUUACACGAACGAGGAUCCUACGGAUAUAUAUUGCAAAACCUUGACGCUAUCAAUGGCAGCUACUGUAGCAUUCGAAGUGUUCAUCCUUUGAAUGGAUGAUAGACGGAUGCCAAGACACGUAUAAGCUAGCUUUGCGUAUCUGCUUUCAAAUUACUUUGGGUAUGUAAAUGCUAAGGAAAGGAACGAUUCUCUUGAGUUUGUGGUUUUGAGGGUGCAUACAGUAAGCAAAUGCAGAAUAACUUCGCAAAGCGUUAAUGAUCGCUGGAACGUCAUUUGUGCAAGGCUAACAGUCUUUAAAAAGGGGAUAAAAACAGUACAAGCAUAGUUUCUGUAAUGAGCCAUCGGGUGUAUAGAGUUGAAUCCAGACGAAGCAGAAGACCUCCUCAGAAACUACAGGCGCAUUUGGAGGACGAUACCAUCUUGUCUAAAUAGGUGCGCCCCAUAGGAACAGCUUUAACCGUUUGGAAAGCUAGAUUAAUAUAGAAUGGGGGAUGUAUAUUUGUAGUAGACAUGUGGAGGUGUUUUUUUUUACAUUUUUGUACAUAUAACAAGCACAUGGUCGUGUACGCAGAGUUGUACAAGAGAUCAACAGAUUCCAAUCUUAUGGGGGAACUCUGGGAUGAUAAGAUACGGUUUAAUAAGAGGUUAUUAUCGGCGACGGUUUGUAAGGAGAAAAUUGGACUAUAUUUUACUUUCUAUAUUUUUAAAAAAUGGGGCUUUUUCUUAACGUUAUCAGUUAAUAAUUUGUGUGAUAAUGUUUCGAUUCGAUUUGAUUCGUCAAGUAUGUGCAAAAUAAUCGUUCAUCUCUGUUUUUCCAUUUGCCGAUUGCCCAGCACCAGUUAAGAAAGCUUCAGUGAUGAUGUGUCCCUUGUCCAAGGGACAUGACUUUCUGAAUGUAUCUUCCUGUGAUUAUUAUCAUUAUCAUGUUGCUCUGGUAGCUACAAAAACCACUGAUAGCUGAAUUCUAGCCAACUCCCUCCAGAGUUCUGGAGCGUUACGUCAUUUUGAAUGAUCUGUGAUUCUUGCAGACAGAAGGCGCUGCCGCCUUCCUGUCACCUUUGCUUUAGACAAUUUCUUGGACACUUUUCUAGUCUGUGUCGCUCUGUGGAGCUCCCAUACUGGUUGGAUGGUCGGCUAAGCAUAGCACAAAAAGGGUGAAAUAAUUAAAUACAAAAAAUUAGCAACGAAAUUUUAUACGGUUAAGCGAUUGAAAUUGAAUUAUAUUGGGCUUUCUUCUUCCAUUAAAAAAACCUUCAUCUCGUUUUUGUGUUUGAUAAAUGAAUGGAAAGCUUCAGAAUAUUUUUCAUUACUUUGGGUUCCUUACUUUAUUUAACUUGCGCAUCCUCUUCUGCGAGGGUAUUAUUGAAAAUUGUUAGGAAAAAUUCCCAUCUAACGUUUAGAAAGCAGCACCUGAUCGAACCAGUUGUAAUGUAAUAAUGUAAAACAAACAAAACCUGGCAGCGUAACAGCAAGUAAGUAAACGGGAUAAGCAAAACAAACAUUCUGAAAAAUGCUAUCUCUCAUAACUAGACAAAAAAAGACAAAUGAAAAUCGGUGAAAACAAUCGCAAAUACACACUCACACACAGGGAUAUGUUGUUGUUUUAUGCUUCUUCUUGUGAAGUGUACUGAAGGUGGGGAUGGUAUUGGCAAUGUCCACCUCCUGCGCCACUACGACGCAAUGAUGAUAUGAUGAUCUAUGUGGAGCGCUUAACGAAAAUAUAUUUGAAUGUGAUAAUAAAUAUUUUUAUAUCAAACCCGGAUCAAGGUACAAACGAGAGAUGAAGAGGCUUUAACGCGACUGGAAAAUGAAAGUUAAUUACAAAAUAAGAGUAAACAAAAAAAGCAUCUGACAAACAAACACAUGCGCUUAUCUCACAUGGUAAAUCGUGCAAUGAACAAGAGAUUUGCUUUUCCGUUUAUAUACAAAACAAGGCACAAAACAAAAAAAGAACUAACCAAAUCAUGAACAUAACAAACCGACAUUUGUUUUAAGUAGGGCGUAAUAAAAAAGAGCAAAAACAAAAACUUACAAAACUUCAGGAAAUAAAUGCAAAAAAAAGGGAAAACUAGAAACAAGUUACAAAAUUAAACAAAAACAGUUCGAAACAAAAAAAAACAAAACAUAACAUGGAACACCAAACAAACAAAUGGCACUGUUGAAGAACCGAGACUUUGUACGACGUUAAGUGGAAUUAAAAUGGAACUCUUUUAUGAUAAAAACAUUUUGUAUACUUCAAUUAUUAUUUUUUCGUAUAAGUUUUUUAUGAAAACCCAAACAACUUAACUUUAUAAUUUUGAGACUUAAAAUAAUUUUUAUUGCCAUCAAAUUCUAUAAAAAAAAUCUUGGAAUCGUUUUUAUUACUUCGGUUCUUCAAUAGGAUGCAGUUUGAAGAAAAUAGUUGCCUCCACACACUUACCAGCAAAAAACCAAGUAAAAAAAACCCCAAUUCAGUUUAAAAUGUACGAAAAUGCUGUUUUUAUGCAGCACGUGUAUGUGUGUGUGUGUGAUAUAAGCGAACAACAACAUGUGUGAAACGUUCUUAUGAUUUAUCUUAACACGUCUCGGCAGUGUAACGUCUCUCAAUCUGUAAUUGUGAUCUAACCAUUUUUGCAGGAAUGUUUAACAACAACAACGUAUGAAACGAUUUUAAACUAAAGUAUCUCACUUUUUAACAAAUCGUAUUAAACACACGAGUCGUCGCCUCCGCAAAGGGCGAGCAGAAGGGGAGGGUUUUUGCUCGACAAAACAAAACAAAAAACAUCGCCCCUUUUGCUGUGCGGGAAAGCCUUCAUUUAUAGGUGUAAGGUGUGUAUAAAAAGAAGUACUAUCACAUUCAUAGAUAUUAACGAAACAAUCCAUAAAUAGCGUGGGGGUGAACAAAAAAACGAAAACGAAAACACUCGCCAAAUCAUAUGCCAUUGCAAAUGGGUGGUGCGCGAUCGACAGGGACAAAAUGGGCCACCAGCAAGCAGGGCCACAGCAGCACCACUAUCGGAAAUCGGUAGCUGUUGCAUAUUUUGGGGGCCAAACCAGUAUCGUACAAAAAGAAAACAAGUGUUCGGUGGAUGUGGAGAUGAAUGGUGAUGAAACCACCCAACAACUGGGAAUAAACAGAACAUCGCGCAGAGACCUAUGGCUGCCGCGCCACGGUCGUCCUCCACACGGUGCCAAUCGAAGAAGCAGAAGCAAAAUGGGUGGUGGAGAGACACGUUCACAUCCCACAAUGGUUUUAUCAACACAGUUUUGUGAAGGCUGUUUGCAACUUGGAGAUUGCGCAGGAAUUCUUUUAGCUGGCUGCGUUUCUCUGCCAUUGUUGGCAUCCUUUUGAGGGGUGUUUUUGUUGUAGAAAAUACAAACAAAAAUAGUGUAAGGCUUAUACUCAUACAGGACGUUGACUGGGCAGAGAAGAAGCACGCACCGACUUCCCGUCUCCAUGAUCGGUGAAAGAACGUAUCGAAAUAAUCACUUGCCUCAUCUAUCUAGGCAUCUCUGCCUUAGAUUAACCCGUAAUCGGCACGAGUUUGCCGAGUUUGAUAUUUUGUUGGGAUGAUUUUACUCUUAAAACCACCAAAAUUAAGUGCAUCCUGGAGGUAUAACAAUCUGCUGCAUCUUUGCUGCAAUCGUCAGGAUGUCCUUUUUUUUGCUUGUUGUAUCGUUCGAGAUAUUUAUGCUAAAACAAAACAAAAAAACACCCACACAAAAUCGUAAACAGAACAAUACCGAAAUCAAUAAGACUACAACAACCAACGUACAAAUUAUAGGUAGUAUAGGUUGGAGCAGCUACCACCAUACAAAACAGGUGUGUUACAUCUCUAUCGUACUGUUAUGUGGUGACAAUUCGUACUGGACCUUCUACAGAAGCAGUACAAAACGGGGUCUGAUGGAGAGAAACGGAACGAGAGUACUGAACGGAUCAGGAAUGAUUUUUGUCAAUUUUAGACACAUGUAUACAACAUAAGAAUCGCAUCGGCACGUUGUACCGCACUUCCGUAAGGGCAUUCAUUAGUCGAUCAUACACGCACGGUACGCUGCUACCGGUGUGCCAAGUACAGUAAACGAAUCCUCCUGUGAAGCGUUUGAACCUCCCACGGUUACAUUUUUACGGGAGACAGAGAGAUAGGCGAAGUGAUCCAGCCUUUAUGACCGGACACGCUAUUGAUGGGUUUUGAAAGUUUCUUGUCCAACCUGGUUUAAUGUUGUGCAGCCGAAGAGAAGCGCGCACACACGCAGAUAUACUGCACCAGUUUGAAGCGGUCUUGUGGAUAUGAGAUACUUUGAUUCCAUCGUCUUUCCAGCCUUCCUCACCCUUGGCGAGAGGUGGUAGCCAGAAUGUUGGUCCAGCAUCAGGUUUUUGCGAUCAGGAUAUUUCUUCUCCUCUUCCCACUCUCUGCUAACGUUGUUUACUCGUGGGGGCCGCGCGAUCUCACGCGAUCAAGCUUAUGAUAGGCAAUUGUUGUUUUUUUUCUUCUUCUUAUUGAAGUCCACCUCAGGAGUUUUAGCACGAUCUCGAAAACGGGUUCGCGUCGUUGUUGUGGUUUUUAAGAAGGCGCACGGGGCGUUGAUGAGCGGGAGAGCUUCACGAAAACUUGUCCCCAGCAGCGGCUCCCUUUGGCGGUAUCUCCCUCUCGCUCAUGGCAAGCCUGUUUGGCAAGAGUCCCCAUUUUAAGACUAUGAGGCCAUAUGCCGAUGAUGGUGGUGUGCGAACGAAAAACCGCGAACCGGUUUUUAACUGCCUUUUUUCUUUUGCCGGUUGCUGCUACUCGAAACACGCACCCCGCAGAUUGUGGAGGAGAGCAUGCGUUGCGCACACACGGGGAACUGGUUUUCUCAGGUCGCGCGUAUGCGCUUUAUUUUCGUGUCUUGUGGUAGCCGCAUAUAAGGAUAUAGUGUUGUAGGCCCAGACUAGGCUGUCGCCUAAUUAUUGCUUCAGGCAGAGCAAGGAGCUCACCACCGGUAGUGGUGGUAAACGCCAUUGCAAAAACCGUAGCCCUCAUUAUACGGAGAUUAAAAUUUGUUCUACGCUACGUUUUUGCACGUUCACAUGGGGAGGAACAAGUGUUGGUUCAUUCAUGAAGAAGGAAGCGCGAUAACAACAAAACCCGGAUGGUCCUGAUUCCUAGUAAACAUACUCUCCGGCUCACCGUACAAAGCAAGUCAGCAGCUAAUGCAUUCAAAAUUCGUCCACCAGCAACACACCAUCUGAGCAUAAAUCGAUGCAAACAACAAAAGAAAUGUACAAAUUUUUAAAAACGAAACGAAAACCACAAACACACCACAAAACCCCCGAUAUACGAUAAAAGAAGAUGCAAAAACGAACAAACAAAAUUCACAAAAAAGAAGAAGUAAACAGAUUAAACAAAUAUUAAGAGAAAAAACGGUGCAACAUUUACACACACACAUAUGUAGAAGAAAAUAAAGAAAAAAAGGAUAUAUUUUUUUACCACCGGUUAAGAUAAGGAGAGUGAUAAAACGAUCGCGUUACCCGAUAGCAAGCGAACAAGAACAGCAAGCCAAUCCAAUGUGUUAACAAAGAAGCAGUCACACCUGACACAAACCACCACCAAGCGAGCGAAGAAACAAAAGUAACAAACAUAACAAAAAAACACGAUGCAAACAACUGUGAUUGUAAUGGAAAAAGGAUAUAACAAAACAAGAAGAAACAAACAACUAACAACUAAUCCUGCAACAGCCGCAUUUCCGCACCGAAAGCGUACAGCUUGAGGCAAUUAGUGCAAGAGCAAUGGAAGAACUCGGAAAACUCUGGCCCUCUUGCAGCUGAAAGCUGGAGAGGGAAAUCAGGUUAGCAAAGAGAAAAUUGAGAUGUAACAAACAAAACAGAAUCCCUUUUAUAUGUAUACCACUCGACGACGGACGCAUUGUUACACGCACCUUCUAAACCGGUUAGCGAGGAACACAGAGACGGCAAAGUUGCAAUACCUGUACUGCGAAAUGUGUGCAGGCGCGUGUGUUGGAGCGCUGGUUCGAGUUGCUUGUUUUAAAUUGUUGAAUGAAGCAACAACGGUGGUGCAACAGUGUAAAAUUAUUUCAAACAAGUAACAGUUACUAAUUUAAAUGUUUUUUUUGACACCCUUUCGAGAAAGGAAUGUUUGUGAGAGGGAUGAGGAUUGCAUAUUACGGCGGUGUGAUGAUGAUAGGAGGGUAGUAAACGAAACCGAUAAUUCCUCAACGGACGGAAAAGAGAAACCCCAUAAGGCUCUGUACAGUUAUGUGUAUAGAAAUGUAAAAAAAAAAACAAACUGUUGUAUAAAUAUACAUUCGCUAAGGUUCGAACGUGGCAGGGAAAUGUUGAAGAAGAAUGUGGAAGAGUGAAAAGAUAGAACCUACAGUGUAUAAGUUCAAUUUUGAACUGGGCAAACAAAGGCACUGCUAACAGCAUGUAACCUAAAUGUCCCUUUUUUCAGCCUAGGAUCUCUUGUUCGCGACAACAUAUCUUGUUGAUGUCGUUUGUGGCAGCUUUUGUCAUGAUGCGGUUGGGUAUGGAAACCAAUGUUCAGACCCUAAUACUUCAUCGAAAAGCUCGUGUAUCAAUGAGCUUUUCUGGAUCUUUAGCUGGGAUCAUAGCUCAGCGUAGAACUUCAUCAUGAAAUUGAAUUUGAAUGCGUCUUAAGGUGUUAAAGUGUUCUACAUCGAUUCCCUCAUUAAGAAUUUUUAACCAUCACCACUUUGCAAUAGAAGCAUUGUGAUAAGUAUCGGUGGCAUCUCUUUAACUUCAAUCGUAUACAACCCAGAAGCAUGUGAGCGUGUUUGCCCAAUUGAAAAUUGAUCUCUCUUACCGUGACAUAAGAACCAGAAACUCUCCAGUAUUGUUUUUACCUUUUUGUAGGAAACAAAAAAACGCAUACAAAGUGUAAGAAAAUCAUGCACAGGCGAAAAAAUUUGAGAGAGAGAAAAAACAGAAAAACAAAAAGGAAGUAAAAAAGAAAACACAAAUUGUCAAAAGGAAAAGAAGAAGAAUGGCUGUUAACAGAAAAAAACGGAAGAACUGAAAACAACACACAAGAAAAUAUGUGAAUUUGUGUACAAAUCUACAAAGCGUGUAAAACACACGAUUAAAGCGUAAUGACAAAAACAUUUUAUCUCUUACCAACUAACUUGGAUGCUCUGUUUUUACGCUUAGUAACGUUCACAAUCACCCCUCCCCGGUAGAAAUGAGGAAAGGAAGUCCAGUCAGUCAUUCAGUGUAAAAAAAAACGAACAUAAAACUCCCGAAACGAAGACAAAAAGGAAGAAUAAUUGUUUUGAGCAUUUAUAUUCGUGUAAUUGAACAGUUUUGUAACAUUCUAUAAAGAAUAAAAACCGAAUUUUACUUCCUGCUGCUCGCUCUCUGAUCAGCGUGUUUAGAGACGCGCGCGACAUUUACAAGUGUUUUGUUGAGGUAACGGAUAGCAGUCGUCGCGACUUCACUGAUCAUAGUCAACCCAUUACAUUACCCCCAUGCCCUCGGCUAUUUUAUCAAUGGUUAAUGAAAAAAAAACAUCACCCAAAAAAGAUAAGGAAAAUCGGAACAGAACAGAAAAACAGAUACCUUGAUGGUGAGCCACAUCCAAGAUAACAAAUUUCUACGAAACGAAAGAACUGAGUGUUGGGAAUGUUUUAAAAAGCCUCCCCGUUUCUGUGGCGGAAAUUAUUGAAGUGUUUGAAUCACUAAGAAAACAGAUCCAUUCUAUCCCCUCAAAUAAGAGAUAAAGAACAUGUGUAGAUGGUUUAAAAAGCACGUUGGAGUUCUCAAACGAGUUCUCCAACGUGAAACUCCUGCAAAUCAGCUAUCACCUAUCUGGUUGGUCAGCUCUUGUCAUGUGUCGAACUCUUGUGAGUUAAAUGUUCGUUUUGUCCAUUUUAUUCGUUCCCUGCUGUUACAAACUUACCACCAAACCAAGUAUUUAUUGAUGGAACAACCAAACACAUAGAAGCACCGGAAAGUUUGGAUGGCGUUUUCUGUAAUACAAAGCUAAAAUUGGAAACAAAAAAAUCGGGAAAAAUCUAACAAUUUUAUAUAAUUCCUGUACACAUCCAAUCCAUUUGAAAAAAAAAACAAUGAAAAUCAAGAAAAAAUAAUCUAACACCCAAAAUUUUGAUGGAAAAGAGACAAAAAUGUGUCUGUGUAUUAAUAGAAGAAAAUGGAGAAGAUAAUAUAAAACAGUUCAUAAACGAAACAAAAAAGGAAAAUAAAUCAAACAUGAAGAAAAGUACCAAACAAACAGACACACAGUAGAAUGAAGCAGGUAGAAAUGAAAAAAAAAAACAAAACUCUUAAUAUAUCGAUGUUAAAUUGAAUUGUACAACCAUCUUCCCUUCCUGUACUCUAUCUCUCUCUCUCUAAAUCAUGAAAACGAAUUUGCACACAGACUAAAACAGAUUGGAUGUUAAAAUCGAUUGAAAUGGGCGGUAGAUGCGUGCAUGUAUGAUGUGUAUAUGUUAUAUGUUUCCAAUUCGUAACCUAAACGUAAAGCUGUUCAGUGCAGAGUUGGGAGGUUUUUUCACACCUUCAACCCAAGAAAAAAAAACUCCAACCCAGUAGAGAUUUCUUAUCCGAUGUGUAAAAGCUAAAUUUAAUCCACAAACACACAUACCAUUUUGAACCAAACUUUGAUAAGCAGCAUUUGGUGUUUGAAGCAAAGCAAAGGAAAUACCCAUCAUAAAACACUCCUUCAUACAACGGCCAUUGAAGCUGGAAAGAGCCCCGUUCAUGUGUUGCUGUGUGGAUGUCCUGCGCGCGUGUACGAAAACCGUGUAAAAGGGUUUGAUAGUAUGCACCAGAUAUAAGAUAAUCAAUCACACCCUCUCAUCUACUUUUACCACCACCCAUUCCUAGUACCAGUGAUAGAAGCGUGGGCCAGGACGAGAGCUAUAUUCUUCAAGAUGUUUGUAAAUAAAAGUACCGAGCGCGCGCCCCAUCAUAACACACUUAAAUUAAAGACGAAUAUUAUAGUGGAGUACUCAGUGGAAGAAUCAUGACGAGGAUAACCGGGAGACGAUAAAUGAGUAUACUGCCCCCCCCCCCCCCCCCCCCAUUAGCUCUAAUUUCAAUUCAAUGUCCAAUACGUUUUUUAGUUUUGGCGCUAUUGGCUAAAAGGACGCAUCGUCCGCUGGUCAGAAACUCAUGAGCCAUUCGGUGAUUUCCAUUACUGUUUUUUUCUCUCUCUUACUCAAUAAAAGAACUUUUGAGUUUGUGUUUGGUUUGCUAGCAGUAGAAGAAACGUUCCUAAAGUACAAGCGGAUGAUGCUGGAAUACAAGAUCUUAAAAAAGUAGCUACCGACAGACGACUGCUGGUGGAAAUGAAAACCCUAAACAGACAAAGAAGAAGAAAAAGCAACACAAAAACACAACCCUUGGUGGGGAAAAUUAACUUUUCCCAGGAACAUAUUGUUUCGUACGCUCUUAUUUCUUACUAGGUUUACAUAUUUUCCCUAUGUUAAUGUUUAAUAACAAAAAUGCAAAUGGCAAAAAGCUACAAAAAAA